CAGCCCCCCCCUAUUUCACCACAUUUCUCAAUCGCCCACGCUCUAACCUUUGCAUGCAAUGAGCAGCAACGACAAGACCCUUUCCUCCGCUGCAGACGCCAUCGGCAAUACGCCCCUCGUACGGCUCGACCGCAUCACGUCCGCUCUCGGGCUGCAGGGCACGAUCCUCGCCAAGCUCGAGUACCUGAACCCCGGGGGCUCGAAGAAAGACCGGGCGGCACGCGGCAUCAUUGACGAAGCUGAGGCAGCAGGACUUCUGAAGCCUGGCCAGCCGGUAGUUGAGCUCACGAGUGGCAACAUGGGUGGGCGGCCGGGCGACGGGGCUGACUGCAGGCACGGGGCUGGCGAUCGUCUGCGGUAUCCGGGGAUAUCCGUUCGUGGCCGUCAUGUCGCGGGGCAACUCGCGCGAGCGGGCGCGCAUGAUGGCUGCGCUUGGCGCCGAGGUCGUGCUCGUCGACCAGAUGCCGGGCUCGGUGCCGGGCCAGGUAUCCGGCGCGGACCUGGCGCUCGUGGAAGAAAGGGCACGCGAAGUGACCGCCGCGCGCGGCGCGUUCCGCGCCGACCAGUUCGCGCGCGCCGGCAACUGGCGCGCGCAAAUGGGAAUGGCGCGCGAAAUGUGGGCGCAGACGCACGGGCAGUUGGAGGGGUUCGUCGACUUCGUCGGGUCGGGGGGCACGUUUGCGGGCGUCGCGCGCGCGCUCAAGGAGCUCGAGCCCGAGAUUCGGUGCUUCGUCGUCGAGCCUGAGGGCGCAGCCGUGCUUGCCGGCCAUCCGCUGACGUCUCCGGACCACCCCAUACAGGGCGGAGGGUAUGCGAUGCCCGACCUCGCGUUCCUCCGCGGCAUGCGUGCCGACGGGUACAUCCAGGUAUCGGGAGACGAGGCGGUCGCGGCUGCGCGCAUGCUCGCCACAAAGGAGGGCAUCUUUGGCGGAUACUCGUCUGGUGCGAACCUCGCGGCGGCGAUCAAGGCGCUGCGGGGAGAGAUGAAAGGAAAGACAGUCGCGAUGGUCGUGUGUGACUCGGGCCUCAAAUAUCUCUCCACGGAACUAUGGCCGGAGCUUGAGGGCUGUGCAUGAGUGCGGGGGUGCCCCAUGGAUCGAAGAUAGACCCGCUGUUCACACCCGACUUCUUCUGCCAGAUAAGCUCGGUCCGGGCGAGAGGGAGAGCAAGGGGUGCGAUGGAGCCAGGUCCUCAGUGUCAUGCCGAGGACAACUCUGCGGCCCCAGGAAGUUCGAAGCAGAUACGAAGCAGCGCUUCCAUGGAAUCUAUGUACACCGAUGUUGAACGAUACAUCAUUGGCGUCC